AUGGCGGCUGGUCCGUGGAGAUGGAUAUUCAGGCUACCCGAUGAUGAGAAUCGCAUAGCAGCCGAGGCCCAGGUGAAGCCCCACCUCGACCCUGUGUUGAGAGACCCGAAGAACAUGAGAUCACUGGUUCAGAAGCUGCACGAUGCUAAGAUGCUGUCCUUUCGUCGUCGCGCCCGAUGCUUUGCGGGCGCCUUCACGGUGAUCAAGAAGGAUGGUUACCACUUGCGCUUGGUUCUAGAUUGUCGCCCAAUUAACGUACUUCACCGUCCGCCGCCCGCGAGUCAGCUGGCCACCGCGUCCUCCCUGGCCGGGUUGGUCCUGGGAGACGGGGAGACGUUCGCAUGGCAGCACGCGGAGGCGGGACGGCCGCUGGACGUGCAUUUCUCGGGCGCCGACCUCACCGACGGGUACUUCCAAUUCGAGUUCGAGGAGGCGGCGGGCUACUUCUGCUUGGCCCACAAGGUUCUCGCGUCGGAGUUCGGAGUCACACGAGUGUUUGACGACGAUGCCCGACAGUGGACCUACGUCAACCCCGAGGAAUCCUACGAAGCGCUUCUGGCGGAGCUCCGCCGCCGCGGCUUCCUCUGGCGGGGCGACGUCUGCGCGGGGCAGGACGUCGUUCAGGUGGGGCUUCGGCUGAUUGGGGGCGCCUUCCACAUGGUGCUCCACAAGCGAGAGAGGACGCGGCGCUUGUACUGCGCUAUCCACGCGGCGAUCCGCCGCAGGACCUUCUCCGAGCGGCAGCUCCGCAGGCUGAUCGGCCACCUGGUGAACCACUGGAUGGUCUUUCCGCCCUUCAUGUCCGCGCUGCACGAGGUUUGGCGCUGGCUGGGCGAGCAUCUGGACACCGUGGGCGACCUCGCGCCGAAUGUGAUUGGCGAGUUGCAGGUCGCCGCGGGGCUGGUGAUGAUAUCGCGCCGCGCGAUGAGGCUCAGGACGGCUGCCACGGUCUAUCGCUCCGACUCCAGCGGGAAGGGCUACGCCUUGCAUGUCGGCCGGUUCGCGGAGUACGAGGUUCUCCUGGCGACGGCCUGGCGGGAGCGCUGGCGGUUCAAGACGCUGGAGGAGUACUUGUUGGACGAGGAGGCCGUCGAGCCGACCGGCACCCGCAGCUCCGCGGGGGCCGAGACGAGCUCCCUGGCCCCAGCGUUCGAGAAGGAGCUGGGGUUCGAGGAGGUCGGCACCGCGGAGCUCACGUCCACCAUCUGGAGUGCGGGUGCUUCGAGGGUGGCGUCGCGGCGCGCAGUGGAGGCAGUGGAGACGCAU